AUGGCUGAAGGUAUAAAAGUGGGAAUUAUGCCUUCGGAAUUCCCAAGUCAAUCCCUUACAACGGAACAAUUAGAAGCCGUUAAGGAAUUGAUCCUAGACAAGAUUCUUGAACACCAAAGGGAAAAGAGCGAAAAGCCUAACUUUUUGAGUGCUCAAAACAGGCCCGGCUGGCUAGCUCUGAUGUGCGCCGAUAAAGCCACCUUGCAGUGGCUAAAGACACACAUUGGAGAAAUACAUCCAUGGGAGGGCGCCACGCUGAGACUUGUAGAGGGAGAAGAAAUUCCUCACACCGAACUCUUUACGACGUACCUUCACGGAAGUAAAGAGUAUUCCACGAAUAAAAUUCUAGGCCUAAUAGAGGCCCAAAACAGCCUCCAUACCUCCUCAUGGAGAGUAAUAAAUAGGUCUACAAGUGGAGCCGUGGAGAUUCUAACCCUUUCGGUAGAUAGCCAAUCAGCCGAAAGACUAAGAACUAUGGGCUAUACGAUCAAUUAUAGAUAUGGUCGUACAGUUAUCCGGAAAAAGAGUGGCAGGAACGAAGCCACAACAAGCGGGUCUGAAAAACCUACAACAAGCGGGUCCCAAAAACCCGCAACAAGUGGGUCCCAAAAACCCGGAACAAGCGGGUCUCAAAAACCCGCUACAAUAUCUAAGGCCCCAGAUGAGCAAGAAAGUGCUCAAGCUACGAGCACCGAGGGGAACGAAUCUCUGGAGCAAAUCCAAGCUGAAUCCAGGAGGACAGGCAAUCAAAGGCCUGACUCCAAGGAAUCAGCCGUAGAUAAAAAAUCUGGGAAACCGGAUAAAGACAAGGGGAAUUAA